UUGAAGAAUGCUGCGCUGCUGAGACCAGCAGCGGGAAACCGGAAUCAAAAUACCGGUUUUUGUAUUUAUUCAUCCAUAGCCUGCUGGGUGCGCUGUUGCUGCUGCUGCUACUGGCCUGACUGGUGGCUGUGGAUCGUUGGCGUUGUUAUUCUCCUGCAGACAGUCACCAUCAUGGGACGGCUAGUGCGUGGAUGUCUGGUGUUUUGUUUGCUGAUAACAUUAGCGAGCAGCCAAAAUGAGACCACCGAGUUAACAGCACCGCCGAGCAGCGUCAGUGUGGGGAUUGGAAAUUUGCAACAAAGUUCCGUAAAAUUUGCCCUGCAGUUCUAUAAGUAUGCCACGGAGUUAGUUGAUUACAAUCCGAAUGUAACGACAACUAACAUCAUCGUAUCGCCGUUCUCGGUAUGGAAUUUGUUAGCCGUCAUAACGGAAGGUGCUUCCGGGGUGACGCUAAGUGAGCUGCUCACAGCACUGAACGUCGAGUCACAGGAGCAGAUUCGGAACUUCUACAUUCCGUUUUUGCAAACCUUUAGCCUGCCCGAGCGAGAUGUGCAGCUGUCAGCGGUACAGCACGUCAUCACCGACGAAAACCGUCCGGUGGCGAAGGACUUUGAAACAAGUUUGGAGCAUUUCUACAAUCCCAACAUUUUGCAACCAAUGAAUUUCGCUGACGUAAAUCAAACGUACGAGCGCAUCAAUCGGUUGGUGUCGGAUGCGACCAAUGGGCAGAUUCCGAAAGCGAUAGAAAUUUCCGAUCUUCAGGACGCUCGCCUGAUCAUGCUCUCGGUGCUGUUUUUCCAAGGCCAAUGGACGGUUCCGUUUAAUCGAUCAUUUACGACGAAAGUUCCAUUCUACGAUGAAAACGAGCAACCCAUCGGUAUGGUGGAGAUGAUGUUCCAACGGGGAAUUUUCCCCUUUGCCGGAUUCAAAGAGUUAGACGCCCAGAUUUUGGAGCUACCAUAUGGAGAAGGACGUCAUUUGAGCAUGCUGCUAAUUAUGCCACGGAAGGGUGUUGCCCUUAUGGAGGUUAUCCGAAAGCUGGCUAACUACAACAUGGACCACGUGUUUGAGGAGCUCGAUAGGAGCCUGGUGGACUUUGACGACGACGAAGUAGAGGUUCAUUUGCCAAAGUUCGAAUUUAAUGCCGAUUAUAACCUCAUACCAGUCUUGGGGCAGAUGGGAAUCAAAGAGGCAUUUAGCUCAAGAUCGGCCAACUUUGACAAAAUAACGGAACUUAAUGCGAUCUACAUAAGCAGCGUAAUACAGCAAUCCAAAAUCGUCGUCAACGAGGAGGGCACAACGGCAGCGGCAGUUACGACGGCAGUUUUCGCAAAUAAAGCCACACCGCCACGUUUUCUGGCCAACCGGCCAUUCGGCUUCAUGAUUGUUGCAAGAAAGGAGCGUGCUGUUCUUUUCGCUGGCCAGGUAAAACAGCCAAAUUUGGUGUAAAUCGGUGUUGCAUGUGGAAAAGAAUUAUUUGCGCUAUUUUUCAUUUCGGGAUGUACUAAUAAAACAGUGGAUGGAAUAAACAGA